AUGGAUAUAUCUUCAAAUAGAAAAGGAUCCGAAAAGGUCAAUAAGGGUGUGUUCAUCAAAGCGGUGGAAGAUUUGUACGACCGGGAGAGCGAGAAGAUGUUACAGUUGAUAUGGGAGAGCCGACAAGAGAUGAGGGAAACAUACCUUACCAUGGAGGACGAGCAGAGGGAUCUGCGCUGUCAGUCCCGAAUGUUAGAAGAGAGAAGAAAGGAUGGGGAUAGAAACCGAGGGAGAAAGAGUCGUGCUGGGCGAACAGACUCUCGACUGUCCACCAUUAGCGACAUAACCGCCACCAGAGGGAGCCGUGAUACAAACGACUACAGCCGACGACAGCGCGUCAGUGGAGUACAAGGAGGGUCGGACAGGGAUCUACAGCUGCCCGACACUUCCGGCGCGCGUGCGUCCUCUGCCGGGGUGUCCCACAGAUCUGCACCCACCCCAGUUUUCGUCAAGUCUAUAGAAGAGUUACGUGACGAACUCUUCAAGCACCUGAGCACAGCGGAGACUAAGGUGGAGAGUGAGCGGGAGAGACAAAGGGAACUUCUGGAAUGGCUUAAAGCCGAGAAGAGAAAUAAACAACAGGAGAAGGUGGAGAAGGCUAACGAACUGCUGGAGGAAGUCACGCAGAUGGAGAGAGUGAAAGCAAAAGAUAAAGAAAGACAAGAGCAACGUUUUAAAGAAAGAUUAGAGGAGAAAAAGAAACUUAAAGAAGUUAAAGGUUUACCGCCAGUAGAGAGUGUGCCUUUAGAAACGGCUAUAGAAAUAGAGCCGGAAGUGGUGCCCGCGAAGGCACAGGGUGCUGAAGGGGAAGUGUCAAAAGAUAGAAAAGAAAAGAAAAAGAAAAAGAAGCACAGGCACCGAGAAGACGAAGAAAGUCAUGUGGGUGAAGAGGACAGCGAUGAAAGACGAGAACGACGAGAGAAGAAAAAGAAGCACAAACACAAGGACGAAGACAAAGAAACCAAGUUAGAGAUUGAGGAUGAGACGGGAAAAGAGCGAAAAAAGGAAAAGAAGAAACACCGCCAUCGACACGAUGAAGAGAAUCCUAACGACCCGGAUGUGGAAAAGGAAAAGAAGAAGGAAAAGAAAAAACACCGCCAUAGUCGUGGAAGCGGAGCCGAGGCUCAGUUAAACGGACAUGAUGAGGACGCGGCCGAGGCGGAGAGGAGAGAAAAGAGGAAAGAAAAGAAACGGUCACGGAAGGAAAAGAAACGAGAUGAGGAAGAGCCUUGA